AUGAACACCCCGCCGUACAAUAAUACGAACAAGCCGCCGUACAAUGGCACGCGCGUUCAACCGUACAAUACGGACAAGCCGCCGUACGAUAUUCUGGACACGACGUUGCCGUACAGCAACAAUGUUAUUAUGAACGCGCCGCCGUACGGCAACAGUAAUGAUAUGGACACGCCGCCGCCGCCGUCGCCGUCGCCGCGGUCCCCGUUCGGAUGGGGUACACUGGCCGCGAUAACUCCCGUCUAUUACGCGUGUAAACUGUUCGGGAUUACACCGGUCGAUUACGUCGACUGCAAAGAGAUUUCGUACGAAAAUCCGGUGCAUUUCGUCGGCAGGACCCACGAAAACGGUGAGGAUAAUAUUAUUGUUGUUGUUAUUAUUAUGAUUAUUAGAUUCUACGUAAAAUUAUAUUAUUAUACAUUCGGGGACGGGUUCAAAACGGAAGCGUAUAUAUAGACAUCCGAUACUCGAUACGUUCGUAUUCAGUGUACGAGCACAAGUAUUUCAGUGCGAGAUGUUCGGUACUUCCGUUUUAUGUGUUAACAUUUUUUAAAUUUUCUUUGUUAUGUAGUUUGAUAGUCGCGAUACAUUAAAAUUAAAAUAUUAUCAAAACGGUUCACGCGUGCAUUGUAUUGAAAAAAAAAAAAACGGUUAUUUAUUUGAGAUAUUUCCGUUGAGUUUUCCUACAAUCGCUUUCGAUUUUCAAUGUAUUUUUCGGAAAGCCAGAAGAGAAAAAACACUCGACUUGCUCUCGUUCUUCGGGCACAUAUGAGCGAGAUACUUCAAAAUUAGUAUUUCGUUACUAGAUACAUUCAUUUUUGGCUUUGGUAAGUUGAGUCCCAUUUUAUUAAUUUUAAGUAAACUGCGUCCCUCAUGUAGAAAUCAAAUCUGUAGAUUGAGUUUUUCGCUUAAAAUAAAUAUUAAUAUCAACAAUAUUAAUAAUAAUAAUAUCUAAAGAAAUAAUAUUAUCAGUAAAAGUACUUUGAAACUAGUCUAGUGUAAUUACGUUGCAUAACAUAGUGGUGGAUACAGUAGUUCCCUAAUGGGUACGUGACAUUUAAGUAACAAUCCACAAACACUUGUUCCAACUAAAAUGGCGUACCGAUAAUUCUGGACUUAUCUCUGAUCAUUUUGUGUUCAUAUACGUGGGAAUGAUGUACAUGUUGUAGACUUAUGUAAGGCCGAGCACAGUGUGGUACAAUCAGCGCGUAAUAUCAAGUUUACCGAAAGACGCCUUUCUCAAAACCGAGUUUUUGAAAAACAAAAAAUUCUUCAAAUUUUUUCUGAAAUGCCGGGAGUAUAUACAGCUGAAACCUCCGAAAUGGAAACAAAAUUAUUUCUUGGACUCUCGUGUCCAGUAUUGUAAUAAGAAAACAUUUCUGAAAUUGGGCGGGCUGCUAAUUUUAAAAAAAAAAAAGUAGAUUUUCCGUAAAUUAAUAAGACUAAUGAGCAAUAAAUUAUUGUAUAUACAUUAUGUUUUAAGGGUGUAGUAAAUUUUCAUUUAAUAUGAACUCAUUUUAUCUGAAAAAUAAAUAUUUAUACUUUUUAAACACUUAAAAAGUCGUUUUCAGAGACAUUUCGAGGGUGGGGGAGAAUUAUAACCCUUUAAUCCUUCUUGGCUACGUUUCACGCCGCAUAAAUUAUAAUCACAUGGGGGAUGAUGACAAGUUUCAGAGACGACCUGCAGUGGAUUCGUUACGGUUCUCAGAAAAUGUUUUUUACAAUAAUUAUUGAUGUGUUCCCUUUUUAUUGUAUAGGAUAUAAUAAAAUUACAAAAAAAAGAAAUCCUUAAUUGAACUCAAAACCCGUCCGUCUACAAAAAAAAAAAAUAAAAAGACGGAAUUCAUAAUUUUUAUCAUAAUAUUUAUAGAGGUUAAGUUAGGUGCGUUGUAAUAUUGCACGAACAUAAUAAUAUUAUGCUCGCCAGUUUUCAAUAUAGAAUAUUUUAUCUCGUUGUGGACGUGUUUUGAUUUUAGCUUUAAAAUCAUAUAUUGGUUUUACUAAGAUAUUUAUUUUUUUUUCUUCUAGCCUGUGGAUACGUUUUUCCCUAGUAAACUUGAUCAAGUUUGCAUGUGUAACAACUUUUCUAAAAACUCAAGUAUUCUAAAUAGUACUUUAAAUAGGUCAUUUUUUGAUUUUCGACGCCAUUUUUUAAAUAAAAGCACUUAAGUAGAUAAGAACGAAGGAAAACGUUCAAUUUUACGAUUUCAAUAUCUUUUAAAAACACGGACGAUAUUUUCUACCAUCAAAAAUAAUUUAAUCGAAAAAUCAUAAGAUACUUUUUUUGUUACCUUUUUGAUUUACUUUCUAACGCCGUUAUUGCCAAAACUUUUGAGCCACUUUUGAACUUUUAAGGAAUUUUAAUUUUUGGAAGUUUUUUGCUAUAAUUCGGUUAUGAAUACAUGUAGAGACUUGAAAAUUGAUAAUAAUACUUACAUUAAACUUACCUAGAAGUGGUAAAAUUUCCAAAUGUCGGACGGUUUUCUUCCUUUUUGAAAUUUGUUUACAGUGGUACUAUUUUUUUAUUCUUUUUAUACAGUAAACUACUUUUAUCCUAGAAGACUUGCUUUGAUGUAUAAGUGCUGCAUUUCUUCUGAAAUUCAAUUAUAUCUACUUUGUAUUUACAUACAUAGGUUAUUUUUUAAUUUCCGAAACGGUAUUUAAAAUAAACCGGGAAAAAAAUACGUUUUUUUUUUCACGAUUUCGUUAUUUAAUAUAAGUAUCUACCACGUUUUCUAGCACAAAUAUGGCCCCCAUUAAAAAACGACAAGUGACCUUUUUGUUGAAUUAUUAAUCUUCUUUUUAAUGAUGCAGUUCUUUUUUUUUAUUUUUGAAUUAAUUUUCAUAAUAAUCGGGAAAAACUGUAAGGAGGUUAGGUUAAAUAAAUUACGGCACUUCAAAUUAUAUAUAUUAUCGAACUACGCUCAGAAUCGUCUUUCGUCAGCAAUGGUUUAUUGUUGUUUACAGAUAUAAAUGAAAUAAAAUUAUGUAUCCUAUCUUCCAAACUUCUUAUUUACAACGGUGGCCGCUCUCAUCCCCAAUAUCAGCUCUUUUUUUUUGUUUACAAUUAUUAUUUUUUCCAUUUUUUUAAUCGAGUUUACCAACAAAGCUUAAUGACUGCAUCACGUAGUUACCGGGGUAUGUCUGUUCGUAGUGCGGAUGGGAUGCUUUCACGUCAGCAAAAACGGCAUGGCCCUGUGGACGUUUCAGUGGACGCUGCAGAUAUGGACGGUUGUCCGGAUGUGUUUCUACCUGGCCAAAACGGUGAUGCAGCGGGACCGGAUCGAGUGCUCCAAGGACAACUACUGUAGCGUGUUCGGAAUGCUUCUGUCGCACACGGUUAUCAGCCCGAUCAUAGUAUGCCUGGUCCUAGCCCGGUUAUCGCAGUCCGUCGACGUGCUCAAUAUGACCGCUGACCUGUUGCACAGGUACCGUUACCGGAGGCCGCACCUGUCUUUAAACGCGUACGCUGUGGUUAUGUUCACCGCUGUCAUCGUGUUGAAACUGGUCACUACCCUGAUGACCUUAACUCAGAAGAACCCCGACCUCUAUUACCCUUAUUUCAUCGCCUACAUGGUACCUCUGGUGCUUAUCAACCUCAUCAGCAUCUUGUGCUUCGUCACCCAACAGUCGUACGAGGACAUUAACAGGUCAGUUCGUGCCGAGUGAUUGAUCAAGAAAUGCUCGUUAUUUCAUGUUAUCGAACAAUUUUUCGUCAAAAACAAAUAUGAUAGAAACAUAAUACCAUUUUCUAGCUAUGAUUAAUUAGCAUACUAAUUUAUUUGUAUUAGAACAUUGGAAUAGGUGUGUACCCAGAUUUGGCUAGCCCACAAUUGUUUUAUGUUAUAAUGGAUGAAGUUACGAAGAAAAUACCAGGCGAAGUACUAUGGUGCAUAGAUUUUGCAAUGAAAUCAUUUUGAUACAAGUAAUUUCGGAAGAAGUAAAUCAAAGGCAUGAGAAACGAAGGAAUAGAUUAAGCAUAAGUAGAAUUAAAAAAAAAGAUGGACAUACUUUACACGUGGGUGGGCCACUGUUUUAGGUGUGAAGUUGGGAAGGUAAGUUUAAUGGGGGGAGGGAAUAGAAUUUAAUGUAUAUUUAUACGCAACGGUUAACCAUCACUAACAAAAAACGGUUUUGAAGGGAUUUCGGUUAAUAAUGUUGUAUUGUCAACAAUAUAUAUAUAUAUCAAAUUAUGGCAAAAUGAUUAUAAAUGCAUUAUAUAUUUUUUUAAUAAUAUUUGUUUAAUAUUGUAUCUAAUUUCCCGUUUUUCCUACGUUUUUUCCCAUAUUUUUUCCCAUUUAUUCUGAAAAUCAAAAAAAUGACUUCAAUAAAGUACCACCUCAGUCAGAUUUCUUUUCAGGAAAAGUGCUAAUAUUGUAAACUGGAGUAAAAUUGCUAGUAGAAAAGUUGUUCAUGGAAAAAAAUUAAUAGAAUAAACAUAGUAAGCCAAUGCAUACCUAGUUCCACUCAAAAUCUAAAAGAUCAUCUAAAUCAUGAGUUUAAAGGAAGACUGCAAGUGGUUGACGGGACAAAACAAGAGUUAUGACAAUAAUUUCACCGAUUAUGAAAUUGUAUAGACGUAGUUAGCCCUAAUAUGGCUACACUCGUACUAUAAUUAUUAUAUGGCUUCCAUUCGAUCGGCUCGUGUAUCUAUAGUAAUAUUUUUUCUCCUAUUCCGAACGUACCAAACUAAUAUAAACUAUCCUCACAGUUUUCAAUGAGUAUUUAAAAAUAUUAUUAUUAUUACUAUUAUUGAAAUCCUGUAGAUUCAUCAGACUAAAUCUAUACACUAGCUUCUCAAUUCCGAAAGAAUUUUAUUAGAAUAAAAAAUAUUCGGCGAAAAAUAAUUUGACUAUUCGUUGUUGGUGAAUUGGCCAUUUUUAAAUAACCAAUUACUAAAAAAAUAGAUAGGAUGGGAAGAUAAGAAUUUUUAUAUAAUUCCAUAUUUAUAAAAUAUACCAUAAGCUUCAGUAUACAAAUAGUACGUAAUCACAACGAACCAAUGCAAAAAACACAUUAAUAACAACUGAGUACAGAAAUUGUUGCAUAUAUGUUAAUAUAUGUAUAAUAAUAAUAUAGUUUCAAGUGACUUGGAUUUAUGUAUUGUAUUUAUUACUAAAUUAUCAUCAAACUGCGAACACUAGUAAACUAGUUAUUAUUAUUAUUAAAGUAAUUUGUUUUAUUCGAUUAUAAUUAAACUUUUGUGUUCUGGUAGUUUUCGUACAAUUUCUGCAUUUAUUUCAGUUUUUAAUUUUUUAGUUUACAUUUAUGGUGACAUUUCAUUGGACAGUUUAAUUUAAAGUCUCUUUUUACUUUUAUGUAUUUAAGUAUUAUUAUAUACCAUUUCUAUAUAGAUACGAAGAGUAAUUUAAAACGAAAAACAUUUUAAUUUCUCUUUUAAAUUUAAAAAAAAUAAAAAAAAAAUGAGCCAGUUAAAAAAAAUAAAAACAAAGUAUAAAAAAUUGUCUGGGGCAUUAAUACUUAAAAUAUGUAUUUAUAUUUUUUAUUAUUUAUUCGUCCUGUAAUACCCGUUCAAUUAUCUGCCUAUUUAUCGCUAAGUUCUUCAAUUUGAUUCUAUAAACAUAGUAUAAUAUAUCUGGCAUUCCAAAACUUGACAAAGUCGUCAUAUGAAACUGCACACAUUAAAUAUGUUACUUCCGAUAGUCUCACUCUUGGUCUUUUGCCCACUGGGUUCUAUUCCAGCAUCGUUGCGUCCAUGGUAACAACUGAUCCUAGCUAUAGAUUAUCAAAAUUAUAAUUUAAUAUGAUUACAUGUCAUUGUAGGGAACUAGAAGAACUAUGCGAAGUGAGCUCAAAGACCGAACGGGCGUCACGGCUGAUGACGCUAAUGAACGACCACUGGUUUCUAGAAGACUACCUGGAGACGAUGGCCGAAACAUUCGGAGCCGAAAUGAUAUUCAUCACGAUGGAUAUUUAUGUACAGCUGUUGCUGUACGUGUACGUCGUGAUCUGGGAAUUCGUGGUUCUCGGGUUGUUGAGUAGCAGUCCGUACAUUUAUGUCAGCGGCAUGAUCGAGCUGAGCAUCAUUAUUGGGAAAUUCAUUUACCUGUGUCACAGAUGUGCCAGUGCUGUUGAAGAGGUGAUUUUCUUUGAUGAUAAUUUAAACCAUCAUCAUUUGGGUAAACUUAUACACUAAUAAAUAAUAAAUCAUUAAUAAAUUAUCUAAAAAAGCAACAAUUGUUUCAGUUUGCUAUUUCUAUCCCUACAUAUUUUGAUAUCCCAAAGUUAAAAACUAUUGCUAACCGAUAAAUUGCACACUCAUAUUUGUAAAAACUGACUAGGCUGAAUAUUUCUGCUUCUAGACAGCUCCAAAAAUGUAAAAGUAAAAAUAUAAUCCGAAUAUAUGAAGAUUUUAUUGGACACGAUCUCCAAGAGUCCGCCGUAUCCGGAUUUUUGACAGACGUUUUCCAAUUUGCAUUACUUUCUGUACUUGUCCUUUUUAAUUUUUAACGUUAUACUUGACUGACGUCUGUAACAUCAAAAAUCGCUUAGCUAUGAGACGAAAAAAUACAUCGUAUUCAGAUAGUAUACUUGAAAAUGUAAAAAAUCGUAUGGUUUAGUUUAUUAAAUCCACGGUAUAGAAAUGUGUCAUUAAUAAAAUUAAUUUACUUGUAAAAAUUACCCGUGAGUAAAUGAGGAGAGGGGGUAAACAUUUUACAUUUUAACAUUACUUUUAACGAACUUAGACGAUCGUUCUAUUUUUAUUAUCCCAUUAUGUGUAGGUAGGUAUGAAAAAUAAAAUUUACCUUGAUACGAGUAAACAAUAAUCGUAUAAUUGAACAUUUGAUUUCAGGGCAAAAGAGUAAUAUUUUAUCUGAAACAUUUGACCUCCACGGUGUCGGACGAUACGUAUUCUCAAUCAAUCGUUAGUAUCAACACCAUCAUUAUUACUUGUGAUAUAAUGAAAACAGAACUAUUUUCAUUACGGACUAAGAUAGAAUGGACUGAAAACAACAGCCGUAUCAUCGGCCGCUUAAGGUUUACAAUCAUGAAGUACCAGUGA